CUGAGCCCAGCCCGUGGGCAGCUGCCGGCCGGCUCCCGUGAGCGGUCACCGCUCAGACAGACUGGGGAGUCCCACGGAUCCUUGUCUGAACCCGCCUGCGCCGCAGCAGCCCGAGCCGAGCUGCUCCAGCCCGUGUGAAUAACAGAUUGUGGGUUAGUCCGAGAAUGAACAAAUAUACGAAGUCUUAUGUUGAGCAGACCACAAAUCUUGAAAAAUUCAGCCCUGUGAUUCUUGCUGAAAUUGAGGAGCUCUUUGAGAAGAGGUUCUCAUAUACAAAACCACCGAAUAGUGAAUGGAAGCUGCCAGAUUCCAGUGAUGUGUUCACCUGCAAUCACAAAGAAUUCAAUACACUCCUUGCUCUGAAGGACUCCAUGAAUGAAGUAAAAAACCAGCUGAGUGAUAAGAAAUUGGAUGCAUGGCAUCAGCACACUUCCUUCACCAACAGAGCUGGGAUAAUCAUUCCUCAUGUGAAGAAAUCUGUGAAUGCUGAGUUGUGUACCCAGGCUUGGUGCAAAUUCCAUGAGAUUUUAUGCAGUUUUCCCCUUCUCCCAAAAGAAGCCCUUCAGAAUGGAGAACUCAAUUCUGUCCAUCUCUGUGAAGCACCUGGUGCUUUUAUAGCGAGUCUCAACCACUACAUAAAAUCCCAUCACAUUCCCUGCGAUUGGAACUGGGUAGCCAAUACCCUAAACCCAUAUCAUGAAGCAAAUGACACCCUUGUGAUGAUUAUGGAUGACAGACUUAUUGCAAAUACCUUGCCAUGGUGGUAUUUUGGCCCAGAUAAUACUGGGGAUGUGAUGACAUUGAAACAUCUAACUGGACUUCAGCACUUCAUAAGUAAUAUGACCACUGUUCACUUGGUAACUGCUGAUGGGAGUUUUGAUUGCCAAGGAAAUCCAGGUGAACAAGAAGCGCUUGUCUCACCUCUACAUUACUGUGAAGCAGUCACUGCUUUAAUGAUCCUUGGCAAUGGUGGCUCCUUUGUUUUGAAGAUGUUCACUUUAUUUGAACAUUGUUCUGCCAAUCUGCUUUUUCUGCUGAAUUGUUCCUUCGAGGAGGUCCAUGUCUUUAAACCUGCAACUAGCAAAGCUGGGAACUCUGAGGUCUAUGUAGUUUGUCUUCAUUAUAUGGGCAGAGAGGCCAUCCAUCCUGUGCUGUCCAAGAUGAUGCAGAACUUUGGAACAGAAAUGGUUAACAAAGCACUCUUUCCCCAACAUGUGAUUCCAGAAUCUUUUCUUAAAAUGCAUGAAGAAUGCUGUGCAUUCUUUCACAAGUACCAAAUAGAGACUAUAUCUGAGAACAUCCGACUCUUUGAGUGCAUUGGGGAAGCAGAACAAGUAAAGCUGAAUAACUUAAGGGACUGUGCAGUGGAAUUUUUCAUGCAAAAAUUUCACCUGAAAUACAUUACAAGAAAUAAUUGGCUAGUGAAGAAAUCUUAUGUAGGCUGCAGCAUGAAUGCAAAAUGGUUUGGACAGAGGAACGAAUAUUUUAGUACAUACAAUGAAAGAAAGAUGCUGGAAUCCCUGACAUGGGAAGAUAAGGUGGCCAAAGGCUAUCUUAAUCAUUGGACUGAAGAGCACGCUUUAAGUAAUAUUGGGAAAAGCUGCAUUUUGGAAGGGUCUUCCCGUAACCUUGAAUGUAAUUUAUGGUACAUCCUGGAGGGAAAGAGGCUGCCAAGAGUAAAAUGCUCUCCAUUCUGUGAUGGUGAUGUCUUGAAGAAUCUCAAUGAAGCCGUUAAAGAAUCAUUAGUAGGCAGACUAAAAACUAGUUCCCUUUCCAGACGAACACAACAACCAUGUCAUUCUUGCAAUGUUCUUACUGAGGCACUGAUACUAUCUGAGUUGUCUAGCCUUACCAAGUACCAUCAGAAGGUACCAAAUGAAGGAUGCAGUGACCAAAUCAAGUGUCUUGUGGUGGGCUUUCCGUCUCUUUGUGACAUCAAAAGCCAGUCCAACAUGGAAGUUAGGCUCCUGGAGUCAGCCACACUCUUGACUUUCUGCUGUUCUUUGCUUCAUGAUGGAGAGCCAAAAUAUCAGCAGCAUCUUUUAGACUGCCUUCUGUGUGCGAUUAAUCAGCUUCAGCUGGGAGAUGCUUUGAUUCUGCCUGUUCUUUCUUGUUUUACACGCUUCACAGCUGGCCUGAUUUUUGUACUGCACGGCUGUUUCAGCUACAUCACAUUUGCUUGCCCCAUAUCCUCUGAACCUCUUGGAACCAGUGCUGUUCUAUUGUGUAUUGGCUAUCGAGGUCUUCCAAAUCCAGUUGUUGAGUACCUGCAGCACCUGAAUAAACUAAUGAGCUCUUUGCUCAGCUCAGACUCUCCACAGCAGGUUUUGCAGUUUGUCCCUAUGGAGAUGCUUUUGAAAGGUGUGCUGCUUGAGUUUUUAUGGGAUUUGAAUACUGCCAUUGCGAAGAGGCAGCUCCAUUUGAUUGUACAAGUUGAGCAGCAGCAAAUGUCGAGUAAUCUUUAAUUUUAGUGAUUCUAGGAUCAAAUCAGUAGAUGUUUCAAAGAAGAUUCACUUCACUGGCUGUUUAAAGUUCUUAAUUUUUUUAUUUUUCUUUUGCUAGUGUGAAUAUCACUUCAUUUUAAAACAGUGGGAAUUAUUUUAAUGUUGGUAUCCAGUUGUUUUGGACUGACAGUUCUACAGUACUGCCUUAUGUUAUUAGGUGUUGCUGUACAAUCCUGUAAUCAUGGAGUUUAUUCUACAUUGUGGGGAAAUUGUGAAGCAAAAUGAAGGACUGAAAUUCUGGAGAAAGGGGAGUCCUUCUCGGUAAUACCUUUUGUGCCUUUGUACAAUCUUGUCUCUCCCCAUCUAGUUCCUCUUCCCUCCAUAUAGGCAUAACUUCACAAUGACUAUAUUUCUAUGAAGAGAUUUGAAUGGAGCUUAUUUGAUGCCGCCGCUUAUCAGAGAGUAGAGGCUGCUAGUUGUACCCCUUUCACGCUGUCACACACUGAUAAUUCCAGAGUUUUGGGUACCCAAAUAUGGUAUUCAAACUUGGUAGCUGAUAGCCUCUUUUUAAUCAAAAGAGAAGAUUAGCUAGCUUGGAAAGGCUGUCUGUGCUGUUCCCUGCAGAAAGAAUUGGGAACCUUUAAAAAUAAAGAAGGUUGACUUUUCAGAGUUCAGGUCUUCACCAUUUUCUGAAAAUUUAGCCCCCCCCCUUUAAUUUCAAGCUGGGCACCUGCCGGUAGCUGCCAGAAUGCUAACUGAUGCCAUUUAUAACAUACCACCAUGUAGGCCCAAGCUCAGAUGUAAAGCACAAGGGAGACUGGUUUUCUUAAUAAGGAAUUUUGCAGAAUCCCGAGUUACGAAUCUUGCUUUUUUAGCAGUGUAUAGGACAGAAUCAAGAGUUCUGAGUUCUAUUCCCAUCUGUGAAAUUGACUUGCUGUGUGGCCUUCAACAAGUCACUUCACCUUCCUAUGCUUCCCUUUCCCCAUCAGUAUAAUGGCGAUAAUACCAUUUGAGUUUCCGAAGUGUUUGAGGAUUCAUUCAUAAAGAAUUUGAGAACCUUGGGUGAAAGUGAGAACUGCCUAUUGUUGUCUACUGUGGUAGUUGUCAGGUGACCCAUAACUACUGAUUUUUAAUUAGAAACGUUAUCAAGUGCAGUUUAUAAACAGCAAAUAUUAUAGCCCACUGUGUGAAAGUUGGAAACAUGGAACUGAGAAAAAUGAAUGAAACUUGUUAGAAAAAAGGUGUUACUUGAUUUGAUCCUUCUAGGAGUAAAAUGAAAGAGAAAAUGAGUAAUUGACGCCGCUAUCCUUUUAAGGAAAAUCAGGUUUUACUUUUUCAUAUUGCUCCUUUAAGAUCACAUUUUGAUAUCUAAUUAAUUUUCUUUAAAACUUAGUCUCCAGGAUUCUAAUUUACCUAGAAGACCUGCCCAGAGAGAGAGAAAUGGUAUUUAAAGGGGAAACUUAUGGAUUUAAUGUUGGUAUAACAAUUGCAUAAAUGAGUGCAUGUGAGAGAAAGGGGUUAGUAAAAGAAAAGACAGCCUCCUGAUUAAUUACCAGUCACCUGUGGAAGUACUUCUAAUUACAUAAGGUAGGAGCUUGAAGGAUUUUUGAUUACCAGGGGGAUUAAAAGCACUGUUGAAAAACUGUUUUGUCUGGUGGUGCUGUGCACUUAAUAGUCUUUCUUGUCACUUUGGAAGGGAUGGAGUGUAGUUAUCAUAUUGUUUUGCUUUUUGUUUACUGUGUUUGAAAGGUUUGUGAAUUGGUAGCUGAAGUCUAACUCAUUUUAUAACAUUCUAUACAGACUUUGCUUUCUGAAACUACGCAGAAGAGGAUCUGUUUGACUCCGGCUUCCCUCAAACUUCUCAAAUUGGUCACUGUUCAUUUAAACUUAAUUUAAAUUAACUUCCUGUAGUUGCUCUGUGGAGAUGAAGAGUGACAGAAUGCAAGGCCAUCACAGGCAAGCAAAACAGUUCAGCAGAUCCUUGGGAUCAAGAGACUAGAGGCAGCAAAAGCCUCUGCAGUAAGUGAUUCUGAAAGCUUAGGAAACUUUUUAAGAGGACCUGAGGGGCCAAAAAGGAGGCAACACUGAGGAACAAAAGAAAAUGAAGGGGAAAGGAACAGAGACCUGUAAUGUGAAAAAGAAAAGGAGGAAAGGAUAUAUGAGGGUAUAAUGGAUCUGAGAGGACAGCAUGGUAAAAACUUCAGGAACUGUACCAUAAAUUCAGUCUUCACAAAUAAUCCUUCUGUUUCCCUAUAUUUGGGAGAAUGAACAAAAUAGAAGUAUCGCUGUCCAUCAAAAAGCAGUGUUCCCUCUCCCUGUCCCCUUUGUAAUUGUGGGAUUAGAGGGUUACCUUAACCUGUUUGUAUCCUGCUGUAGCCAACCAUCUAGGAGAGCUCCUCUUCUGAAGCAGGAUCACAUACCCAUGUAUCUGGAAGUAUUGUAGAUAUAUGUUUACAUUGUCACAAUCUAUAUUUUGGAGUACUGAAAAGUCAAAAGGGCCCCCAUAUAAUUGGUCAACUCAGAUCUAGACAUCAGUUCUUUCUGGGCUUAACGGGACAUCUGUAACUUUAGAAAUCUGACAUCUGUCUUGUUUUUGUUUUUUGUAAACCUACUGUUGCUACAAGUAAAUCCCAGAGAUGACUAUACCUUUAGGACAAAUAGAAAAAACGUUUUUCUCUUUUUUGGUGUCAAUUGUCUGCUUUGUACCUUUGACAGCACUCUGUCAGUUCACUGUUUUCCUUCCAGCAUCAGUCAGUAUUCUCCAUUGUAUGGGCCUUUCUCAUAGCAGUGGUGGGAGAUGGGCCCCCUUUUUUUUUUUUAACGGCAAGUUUAUUUUUUCUGCCUUCUACCAUUGAAGAGGAACUGGAUGCUGGUCUCAAUGUUUUAGAAGCUACAAGUUACAAAUGAAAGGAGGGGAGGGAGCGAGUAAUCGAUCAAGCUAUAUAAUGUACAGAGAUGAUAAAUACAAAUGAGUUAUGAGAAUGUGAGAUGGAUUUGGUUUAUUUGGCAGCCUUACUGUUUUCAGAUUUUCAAUUACGAGUUCAUAGCUAGGCCCUAGUGAUUGUUAGAUGAAAGGAUAGGGCUGUUGUUCUCUGGUUUAAUUUGUAAAGAUUUUGUACUUGAUUUGGCUCUUGCCUAAGAGCCUAUUUGGCUAUUGAUUUCAAAAAGUUACACUGCUUUGGAAUAAGAGUAGGUGAAAUUUAAAUCAAGUAUCUACCCAAUGAAAGGACUCUGUUUAGUUGAGUGCAUUAAGGUUUGGAGACUUGCCACUUUUCAUUUGUAUUGUAAAUUAUUGCAUUUAACUUCCUAUGUGUGUGUCUAUAUGUAUACACACAUGCAUAUACCUGUGCAUAUUCAAAUGAAGUUAUAUAAAAAGCCUGCUGGUUUUCCAAUUUGAUUUCAAUAAGGCAUAAUGAGAUUUACUGUAUGAAGUCUUGUCCUCUGCUAAAAUUAUACUAAUUGCUGUCUAUUCAACUUAAUUUAAGUUAGAUCAGUCAAAUUACUAGUAGAAUAAAUAGACUGGUAGAAUUACUGGACAUUAGAAGAGCAAUUUGGGACUUAAAGGAAAAGGACUUUGGUAUGAGCUAUCUGAAUAGCUUAUGCAGAAGGAAGAGAAAAGUCUUAUGUUCUGGUUGUUGAACUGAGAUCUUGAGCUAGGGUAUGGAAUAUUCUUAAAUACUGAUUCAUUGAGAUGCACAGUGUGACCAUAACGCUCUAGCCUAUGGGGCAGAAGUCUUUUUACCUUAUUCUGUAACGUUUCUUUUGAUAUUUUAGUUCUUGAAUUUGGGAAUUAUUUUCAGCCCCUUAUUUUGGAAAAAUAAACUUAGCAUAAUAUUUGUUUCUCUUGCUAUUUGUAUUUGGGUGCCACUAAAAUAUGUCUGUGUGGCUAUUCAUGUAGGCCGACAAAUUGUAGGAGGCACUUGUUUUCUGGACACGACAGCUUUGCAAAUUUUCUACUUGCAUAUGGAAAGUAACUUUUUUUUCUUUACAAUGGGCAUAUGAACUAUAAUUUAGUUUUUUUGGUUUUUUUCUCCUAAUAUCUUGAAUCACUGGUGUAAAGGGUGGGUGAAAAGAUUUUUAUGCCUGGAUUGUUAAAGUGUCAUGACAAUAUUACAAGACUGAGAUAUGGGAAAACAUUUCCGUGGUUGUCUUGCUGAAAAGUUGGUUUUGUUUCUUCCUUUUAAACUUCAGCUCAGCUGGCAUGGACAGGAUGAAAUAAACAUAUAGGCCCAAAUGGAGUUGCAUCUAUUUAUAUCAGAAGUGAAUUCAGCCCAUGAUUGCUUAUCAGUAACUGUUUAUUAUACAGUAAUUUGGAUUGCUGUGUAAUUCUCCUCCAGUUACACAAAUGUUGGCAAUUUGAAAUUUAUUCUGAGCUUUAAAAGUAUACCAGCUUUGUGUGGAAAUUCUGGAUGGCUACAGAAACAACUGGCUUGUAACAAAGCAAAAUUUGCUGUUACAGUAACUGUCUCACUAAGCAGUCUUUCCGUCCAUCUGUACAGGCUGAUUAAACUUGCUUGCUGGGCCACUGUCCAGUAGAUUUGCCCAACCUUGCUUGAUAAAGAUUCCUUGAGAAGUGGGCUCUGUGGGAUUUACUGCCUUGAGUGACCAUUUUGUGUGUAUGUGUGCAUGUGUUAAUGCUGCUGAGAUAUUUGCAAUCCUACAUCCGAUGGAAAGGGUUUGCUUUAUAACUAAGUGGAUGUGUUUGUUUUGUUUGGGGGUGGAGUAUUUAUGAGUAUAAAGAUUAAGGAAUGCUGGCUGAAGCUGGCUACUGCAUUUCUCUGUUGACUGCUGUAAAUUUGUGCAUGUAAAAAGAUACUGUGUUUUGUUUUUUGUUUUGUUUUUUAAGGGGCAGGAUGACACUUGUGUGUUUGGAAAUAAAAUCUUAUUUUUCUCUGACCAUUCA